GUAACGUGAACGCACCCAUUGAACGCAGUAAUGACAUCUAACAUUUCUUUCAAAACCGGUUUUUUGUUUUGGCCAAAACAAAUUUCUCAAAAAAUAUUCUAUUUUGUUUAAAUUUUAUUCAAAAUGUUAACUUCAAUUUUAUCCCUAAUUGCUGUCGGCUUCCUCUGGGGUGCAACAAAUCCAUUCAUUCGUAAAGGCUCCAAUGGGAUUCAAAACAUCAACACCGGAUCCAAAAUUAAAAACAUUAUUCUCGAAAUCAAAUUGAUUGGCUCCCGCCUAGGCUAUUGGAUACCAUUCUUGUUAAAUCAACUUGGCAGUGUUUUGUAUGUCUACACUUUACAAAGUGCAAGCAUUUCAGUUGCUGUUCCAAUUGCAAAUUCACUCAGUUUUGCAUUUACAGCUGUUGUUGGUUAUUUGCUAGGAGAGAAGAUUCCUGGAAAAAAUGUAAUUAUUGGAACGAUGCUAGUGACUGCAGGGAUGUCACACCCAUCAAUUCCACAAAAAAUAGACAAAACUGAGCUACAAAAAAUGCAGAUGGCGCCCAUUUUGACAGCCGUCAAUUCUUUUACGUCAGGCUUUCAUAUCCGAUAGGUUGGUUUUAAUAAUUUUUCUAUAAAAAAAUCCUUAAACAUCCGUUUCUGUGUAGCUUUUUAGCAGCAACAACAAUUAUUAAAAAUGGCAAAGACAAAAGUCGAAAAGAGAAACAAAUCGGCAAUCAAUGAGGUUGUUACCCGCGAAU